AUGGGUGAACUAGAAAAGAGGGAGGAGAGCUCCCCCAUUGAAAAGAACUAUGAAUUUCCUGAAGGACAAGUUAUUGCCAUUGGUGUUGAGAGGUUCUAUUGCUCAGAGGUCCUCUUCGAGUCAUCUAUGAUUGGUAUGGAAGUUGCAGUGAUCGUGAAUAAGACACUCAAGAGAAGAAAAGAUGACACAAAGAUGGUUAGCUACAAGAUGUGGAUUUCGAAGGGCAACUAUGACAAAUCUGGUCCAUCCAUUGUUCACAGGAAAUGCUUCUAA